ACAAUGUCAACCACGGCCACAUCCCCGGGUGAAUAUCUGCUACCUCGACACGCAGCUGAAAGAGAGAGGCUAGAAAAGCAAUUCAAGGCUUGGCAGGCUAACAUCGGGUACCUACUACACCCUGCCAUCACACAGCAUGAUCGCAUGCGCGUCGCAGAUGUCGGGACAGGCACUGGUAUAUGGUUACUUCAACUCGCAGAUGUCCUCCCAAGCUCCUGUCAACUAGACGGAUUCGACAUCUCCGAUGCCCUACUUCCCGAGAAAUCAACCUUGCCAGAAAACAUCACUUUCUAUCUUCAAAACUUCCUUCAGCCGUUUCCAGAGCAAUUUCUCGGGAAAUAUGACGUUGUCAAUGUUCGAGUGAUGGUAGUCGCCCUGUCCUCUGAUGAGUGGGAACCUGCGGUCCGGAAUUUAAUGACCCUAUUGCGUCCCGGUGGUCAUCUGCAAUGGGUUGACUGCGCAGCCCAUGAGUGCAUCGUGAAAGCACCCGAGGGAACCAAUCCUGUCAACGCCAAUCGUGGUAUGGAUUUAUUCCGGAAGACUAUGAAUUCGCUUGGAAAGACACCAGUUAUUGCUUCGCUGCAUGGAAUUUUUGAGAAAAGUGGACUUGACUCUUGUGAAGAGCAAAUCAUUACUCUUACAAACCCCGAGGUUCGGGGCAGUCUUAACCUGACAGUUGCUAAUGCGAUAGCGCAUAGUCUUACGGCUGCUUUCAAGUCACACAAGUUGGAAGAUAUACAAUCCGAAGAUGAAAUUGUGGAAUUGGAAAGGGGCAUGCUGGAUGACCUCCGCACUACUCAUUGCUACUUUUGCUAUGACGUUCACGUUGUAAUCGGGCGAAAGCCUUGA